AGUGGUUUGUCUGGUUUGACGACAACAGACGGUUCAGUCGACCCCGCUGAUAGCGGUGACGGGUGUGUAGUUGACGACACAAGGUACAGUAAGUGUGUCAACGACGACAUUCGUGGCAAGAUGAUGUCGCCUGUGAGAUUUCUGUUUAUACCUGGGAUACUUAUAUUUCUCAACAUAAGAUACUCACAUCAGCAAGUUUUCAGGUCACCUUGAAAAUACCACGAUUGCUCCCGGAGGGUUUGGAACUUUGGACGUUCAAGUCGUUGAUGGGAUCACAGGCAGCGGAGCGUGGUCCAAGGAUGGCAACCCACUCUCAACUAUACCAGGCAAGCUGAUGAUGACAGAAACAGGCCAAUAUCGCCAGCUGAUCCUUUUUAACGCUGGGGCAUCGGACGUUGGAAGUUAUACUUUCACUAUCAAUGGGCAGUCCACAUCAGCCUAUCUCACCGUGCGAGUUUCAGGUCCGGUUGACGGUAACUGGGUGGAGUGGUCACAGUGGAUGGUCCCCUCCUGUCCUGCCACGUGUGGUCCUACAGCCAGUCGUGACGUCACCAGAUCCAGGACCUGUUCUAACCCAGCUCCCAGCAAUGGUGGCGCUCCCUGUCCUGGUCAAAAUAGCCUAACUGAAUCUCAAGUGUGUGGACCAUCUUCCUGUGGCACUAUUGUCUUCGGCCUGCGUAACAUAACUAUCCCAGUGGGCCGGCCAGUGGCCUUACAGGUCACCGUGACCCAACCAGGCCUCACGGGGACGUGGCAGCGUGAUGGCGUCAUCAUCACUGGGGGCACAGGAUACGACAUCUCCUCCCCUGGUUCCACCCAGGUUCUCUUCCUCACCAACCCUCAGGUAUCGGACUCCGGACGCUAUACGUUCACUGUUCGUGGGGAGGUGACCAAUGCAUGGUUAACAGUUUCAGGCACAGCAGUAAACGGGACCUGGGGGGAGUGGUCACAGUGGAGUGGUCCCUCCUGUCCUGCCACGUGUGGUCCUACAGCCAGGCGUAACGUCACCAGAUCCAGGACCUGUUCUAACCCAGCUCCCAGCAAUGGUGGCGCUUCCUGUCCUGGUCAAAGAAGCGAAACUGAAAACCGACAGUGUGGACCAGCUACCUGUGACACAGCAGUAAACGGGAACUGGGGGGAGUGGACACAGUGGAGUGGUCCCUCCUGUCCUGCCACGUGUGGUCCUACAGCCAGACGCGACGUUACCAGAUCCAGGACCUGUACUAACCCAGCUCCCAGCAAUGGUGGCGCUCCCUGUCCUGGUCAAAAUAGCCAAACUGAAACCCGAGAGUGUGGACCAGCUACCUGUGUUUCAGACACAGCAGUAAACGGGAACUGGGGGGAGUGGUCACCAUGGAGUGGUCCCUCCUGUCCUGCCACGUGUGGUCCUACAGCCAGUCGUAACGUCACCAGAUCCAGGACCUGUACUAACCCAGCUCCCAGCAAUGGUGGAUCUACCUGUCCUGGUGUUAACAGUCAACGUCAGACCGAACAGUGUGGAUCAGCUACCUGUGUUGGUGGUGGAGUGUCUGAUUGGGGCAACUGGAACGACCCCCCCUGCCCCGCCACUUGCGGCCGUGCCGUCUACCACACGCAAAAACGCUACAGAACAUGCAACACUGGCAACACCUGCACGGAGACGUUAGAACAGAGCCAGAGAAUUAUUUGUAUGGACAGUUUUUGUCCAGUUAAUGGCGGCUUCACACAGUGGAGCAUGUGGACCACAACACGACCGUGCAGCGAAACAUGUGGCCCUAGCCUCACGAAGACUCUAGUCCGUACACGCACCUGCACCAACCCAGCCCCGUCGUUCGGGGGAAGUGCUUGUACGGGCGACACCCAGCAAACCUCAGUAGAAAACUGUAACUUACCAGUGUGUGGUGCUAUUCAGUCCCAAUUACAGAGUCAGUCAGCCGGUCCUGGUGGGUCUGUUGUCUUUGAAGCAGUCUUGAGCCAAGACAACGCUGUGGGGUACUGGCAAAGGAAUGGAAUCACACUGACUAAUUCAUCCAAAACGCUAAUCGAAUCUAUUGGGAAGACCCAGAAAUUGACGAUCUCAGAUGUGGAGGCGUCUGACGUAGGCAACUAUUCAUUCGUCGUAAACGGCGAGACGACAACGGCUGCGCUCACACUUCGGUCCACUGUCCCUGUCGAUGGCGGCUUCAGUGAAUGGGCCACGUGGACGAGUGGUCAGUGUUCAGUCUCUUGCGGCAACGGGUUGACGACGGAUACAAGAAACCGCACGUGCACUAAUCCUGUGCCUCAGAACGGAGGUCAGCAUUGCUCAGGGCCGACGACAGACACGAGAACAUCCCCUUGUAACAGGACGUGUACAGUGAGUGGGGGAUACACCCAGUGGAGCGGCUGGGUCGGGGGGUCGUGCUUGGGCCCAUGCGAUCAGGGAACACAGACAGACACUAGAACUCGCUCGUGCACGAAUCCUAGACCACAGAACGGAGGUCUGCAAUGUGCUCCACCGUCUUCAGAGACGAGGACAACGUCGUGUGUAAUGGCCACAUGCGCAGUUGAUGGUGGAAUGACUGAUUGGGCUGCAUGGGUCAACCAAUCCUGCACGGAGACUUGCGGUAAGAGUGCCACGAGAACUGUGGACAGACACCGAAACUGCUCAAAUCCAGAACCGAGGUAUGGAGGGCGCCCUUGUACAGUCCAUCCGUAUGAAUCUAAAGUGGUCAACUGCGGACUUGAGGACUGUCCGUCGACAGGAAGUAGUUCUUCAUUCACACUGGAGAGAGGCGGUUUGUACAUUGGGCUGAUCGCCGCAAUCAUCGCCAUCGGAGUGUUCCUCAUCAUCAUCAUCGUCGCCUGCUGUCUGUGGAACUGUAGAAAAGAAACCACCACGACAAAAGUGAAAAUAAAAGAUAAUCAUGAACUUCUGAAAAUAUAUCAUUUGGACAAAGACGCGUACAGCGCAAAAGCCCACCAAUACCAGGAUAAGAUGAAUUCGUUUGACCUUGAAAGUAUCUCUCGGCCCAAUGGGGACUAUGUACCACGAGGGAAGUACAUGGACCCGUCUUUCAAUGGAGGGGACAGGUUAUGAGUUGUCAACAAGACGGUUCCUUUGUACAGACAAUGGACAACGAAUUGAAACCACUUGCUAUUUCAGUGAUCGGAACAUGUUACCUGGUGCUCUUCACAUCACAGGUGCUUCAGCAACACACUUACAAGGACAAGCUAAUGCAAGCUGCUAACAGCGUGAGUGUGUAUGGCAUCGUCCGAGGUCAUAAUGUGUCCUGUUUUCUUAUUUUCGAACGAAAGUGCAUAAAUAACGGAGACAAAAUGGUAAGGUUACUGUGAACUAUGAUAUUAUGUCCUGUCAGAAUAUGAUAUCAAGGGUAACUAUGUGCUUCAACUGCAUGCAGUGUUUGCAUUCAUUCAACAAUAUUCCAGUAUUCUUUUGUGUUCAGUGUCAUUUAGCUAUUGCCAUAUAAAACCUUGGGGAUGUCACUUGUCAUGACUUGGAUACAUGUCACAGUGCUAGAUGUCACAUGGGGUGCAACCAGGUCAGAUGUGUGACGUGUUGUGUUGGUCAUAGGUCAAACAGUCGUUAUUCGUUAGCAAAUUCACACAUAAUAAAUGUGUGCCUCUGACAAAUAUAAAUACGAGAAACAAGAUGACAUGUAGAAACACAUGUUCCCCUAACAACUGGAAACACAUGAUACAAGAUGUUCCUCUGACAACUAGAAUUACAUGAUACAAGAUGUUCCUCUAACAACUGGAAACACAUGGUGCAAGAUGUUCCUCUAACAACUGGAAACACAUUAUACAAGAUGUUCCUCUGACAACUGGAAUCAUUAUCCAAGAUGUUCCUCUAACAACUGGAAACACAUGAUACAAUAUGUUCUCCUGACCAAUGUAAACACAUUACACAAACUGUUUCCCCUGACCAGUGGAAACACGUGACACAAAAUGUUCCUCUGACCAAUGGAAACACGUGACACAAACUGUUCUCCUGACCAAUGAAACACGUGACACAAACUGUUUUCCUCUGACCAAUGGAAACACGUGACACAAAAUGUUCCUCUGACCAAUAGAAACGCUAGAUACUGGAUGUUCCUCUGACAAACUAAGUAUGUGAUAUUGUUGUGCUUCUGACAAAUUGAACGUGAUGCAAGAUGUGAUUCAGACCAGUAGAAACUUGUGAUACGAGAUGUUAUAAUCAAAUGGAACACGUUCAAUAGGAAGCGAUUCUAGAUUUUGGAAAUACGUAUUUCAGGAUAAAAGUAUUAUCGAUGAUAUUUUAUGUUUGUUAAUCAAUCAAUCUUUAUUUCUUGUAGUGGAGGCCACAGGCCGAUUCUACAUUUACAGUUGAUUAUGAGAUAGAAUAUGCAAUAUAAACAAAUAGCAUACGGUUCAGUUAUGUUACAGUAUGUACAAAUGACUAUCUAUGUCGCUUAUCAUUACAUACAUACACUGCUAGUUUCUGGAUUUACAUCUGACAUUAAAACAUUAAAUUUAUGUACAGUAGGAUUCAAAUAGUAUUUAUUUGGCAAAAUAGAGAUCUUAGAUGUUAGAAUACAUUACAUACUGAUAAAAAAUGGUAUUCGUCUUCAAUAUAUCGUUCUUUGCAUACAAGGCAUGAUCCGUCAACUUUAGUUUCUUUAAUAUAGUUUCAAACUCUAAAUUGAGCAAACGCGGCCCUGAAGUUUGAAAUAGUGAUUUUUUUAUAUACAAUUCUAGCCAAAUGAUGAUUUAAAAGAGAUAUAGGUAGAGGUGCUAUAGAGGGUUGCAUGCCAAUCCUGCUCAUAAGAGAGUUUUAAGUAUUAUGCAAACACCGACAUAGAAUUUCUAACAUUAACUACACAUUGUUCCUCCCAAAGAUAGCCAAAUCCAUACAUAUAAAGAAUGUGUUUGAUUUUAGGUAUUUGUUAUUUCCUAUCUUGUAUAUAAUAUAUGUCGCCGUUGGAGAAGAGUUCCCUCCCUGUACAUUAUAUCUAUGUUUGACCUGAGCAUCGAGACUGGGUCAACAUCGCUUGUGGAUAUACUCAGAUUUAAAUUUCAAAGACUUUGUCGUCAUGAUUGAACAAUGUCCAGAAUAUUUUCAUUAUAGCAGAUUGAUGGAUGAUAUUGCUUGUUGAUAUAUGUGUAAAAUAUAUGAUGCUGUCAUUAUAGCAGAUUGAUUAAUGAUAUUGCUUGUUGAUAUAUGUGUAAAAUAUAUGAUGCUGUCAUAUUUAUAAAUCUUUAAUUCAGAA